AUGAACACGACGACGGAAGUCAAAUGCGUUCACAGCGGCCGGCUGGAGGUGCCUUGCGCGCUCUUGGAGGAGGCGCAGGGGGGUGCGCCGGCGUGGCGCCAGGAGAGUUUCGAGUGGAGAAGCGUGCGCGUGUUUCUGGAUGACGCGGGCCUGCGCUUCUGGAAUAACGUCAUCUCGAUUCUCGACAUCGCGACGGUGGACGUCCACGAGGCCGCGACUGCGGAGGGCUCCCGCCUGGUGCUGAUUCACAUGGACCAGGCGUUCCCAACCCUCUCGAACCCGUACCCGCCGUUUUUCACGAGCGCGACGUUCUUCCCCUCGGGCGCCGCGGGCGCGAGUCCGCCGGGGCAGACGACGCUCGUUUUUCGGAUUCCGGCGUUGGCCUGCGAAGAAGAGAGCGACUACGGCAACUUGGUGAAGGGCCUGGAGCUGCUGCAGAAGACCGUGGCCUUCCUGGGGGACUUGCGGCCUAUGUUUCGCACCCUCCGCGACCACGCGAUUGCCGCAGACGAAAUCCGCACUGAGUUCCUCGCCUUCCAGCUGCGCGAGGGCGGCGCGCUGGUGCGACAGGCGGGCUCGGCUGUCGCCGACAAGUUCCUCCGGACGCUUCCGCCUGAUCGCGUGAAGCUGCUCUACGCCGGAUUUUUGCAGCGCGACUGCUCAGUCCUCGAAGAGGCCAUCGCGUACGUCCCCGUCGCCAUCUAUGAACACCUCCGCGAGGGCAUCGCCCUCCUCUCGCAUCUCUCCGUCGACCCCACGCGGUACCGCGUGUGGCGCCAGGCCUUCCUUAAGGCAAACGCCGACAACCCCGAGCUCUGCGAGUGCCUCGCGACGCCGACGCGCGCGCGCCUCCUGGCGGAGGCCUCGCCGCGGAAGGGCGCGAAAGCGGCGGACAAGAAGCUCAAUCUGAAGAGCGCGAGCUCGAUCCACAUGGGCGUGCCGCUGCCGCUGCGCCUGCCGGAGGUGCUGCCCUUCAGUCUCUCAGUCGGCGGCUGCCGCAUUUCCAAGGGCCGCACGUACCGGUGCGAAGACGCGUACUUUUUUCUGGAGCACGAAGGCGCGUUCGGCGUGUUUGACGGCGUGGGGAGCUGGGCGGCGGAGGGGAUCGAUGCCUCCAAGUUCUCCACGGCGCUCGCCACGGCUUGCCGCACGCUCGCCCAGGAGCAUCUGCAGCCGACGGCGCUGUCACCGGGCUUUGCGCGCCUGAAUGUGAAUCUGCGUGCGCGCGAGCUCCUCGGGUCCGCGCAUGCCAAAGUCCGCCGCGAGAGCCCGGACGCUUGGGGAAGCAGCACAGCCGUGGUCGGGGUGUUUGAUCGCUACCUGGGUCAGCUGGGGGUGGCCUGCCUGGGCGACUCGGUGCUGACUGUCCUCCGCCGGCAAAUGAUGCCGCGCAACAUGCAGUUCAUGGCCGGUGGCGCGAGCGAGCCGCUCUCCACGCAGGUCCUCUCCUCCAGCCCGACGCAGGUGCCGCGGCUGAUUCGCAAAAUUCGCUACCGCAGCGCCGAACAACGCUGGUCCAACGGCGCACCCUACCAGCUCUCCAACUUGCCCGCCGAAGACGCCUGGGACGAGCUGCGCAGCCAGGGUCAUGAGCGCUUCGUCCAAGUCCUGCAGCGCAUCGACAACGUCGGAGACAGCGCCGACAUGGCCCUCGGACCCCCCCAGCCGCUCGUCCUGCACCCCGGCGACCUCGUUCUCCUCUACAGCGACGGCGUCGCCGACAAUCUCUUUGACAAAGAAAUCGAAGUCUUCGCCUCGCUAGCCAUCAGCCCCGAAGAGGCCGUCGCCAUGGGCUUCGGGAAGCAGGCCUGCACGAAGGCGCAGGACAUCGCCGACAUGAUUUGCAAGCUCGCCAGACGACGCGCCGCCGACAGGCCCUUUGACAAGCCUUUCGUCCCAGGCCCCAUCGGCGCGCGGCACGUCCCGCCAGGCCGCGGUGACGCCUCGGCCGCCUCUGCGCGGAAGGGAGCCAAGCGUGACGACAUCAGCUGCGUGGCGAUCUGGAUUGAGGGGCUUCCCGACCCUGCGUUCAACGGAUCGCUGGAGCCUGCGCUGGCCUCGGCGAGCGGCGCCGCCGCCGCGUCGCCGCCCCCCACGGAGGUCUGCAUGACCUCCACAACUGUCUCCGAGGAGAGCCUCGAGGGCGUUGCCGGCGUCCUCGAGCACAGCCCAGACGGCGAAGAGGAGGAAGGCGUCUCCGAGGAGGAGCCGAACGCGGAGACCGCCCCCCACGCUCCAGAGGCUCGGAGCGUGGAGCCCGCAGAAGACCUGCGUGCCGCGGAGGCCUCAGCAGCGACCUCGCCACCAGCUGCAGCCCCGGUUGCUGCUGAGGAUGCCGGGAGCGAGCGGACGCCCUCGGAGCCCGCGGCGCCUGCCCCGGCGGAGCCUGAGGCGCCGGAGUCUGAACCUGCCACUGGGGCUGCUUCAUCUUCGGGGGACGCCGCGAGUCAUGCGCCAAAGAGCGAGACGUCGCCUGAGAAGAAGGCGCGGCGUUCGCCCAGAGGUUCGUCUCUGCAGCGCGUGCGGAAGGGGUCAUUCAGCACGAUGCGCGCAGGGAGUCGCAUUCCCUUGCCUCCGCGGGCUGCGCCCACAAAGGUGUGGAGGCCGAAGGCCCCUGCCGCCCCCGCCCCGAAGGCGCGGCCUACGUCGGGCUCGCGGAUCCCCUCGUUCGCCGGCAAGUCGGUCGAGGCGAAGAGCAAGGCGGCGCUGGGGUUGUCUCCCGCAGGUCCGCGCCAGGAGGCGAAGGGCGUAUGGAUGAAGAAGCAGCUCUCGCCAGCGGGCACACAGCAUCCCGAGUUGACGGCGUCUCCCUGCGCACGCACGGCCUCGCCGUCCCCAGCGAGGCUCGCGCGCCUCACGGGGGGGGCGAAGACCGAGGGCACGCGGCCGGUACAGGAGGGAGGGAACCGACCUCGCGACGCACAAGGGUUUGCUGACAAGUCGCUGGACGUCGCCUCCUCAGCUGCGGAGGGGGCGUCGCCUGCCGCAAGCGGCGAAACGCCUCCGCAGACUCGCAGCCCCCUAAGGGCCUCAGGAGCUCAGCCGCUUGCGAAGAGAGCUCCGGCGCGCCCGCCAGCGCAAUCUCAGGACAGCACACGGGUGGCGCCGACCUCGGCCUCUGCGUCCUCGAAGCAGGCUGCAGGGAGCGAGACGGCGUUGAAGAAACGCCCCAUGAAGCCUCUACAAUCCGUUUGCCACGACUUGCAGCCGCGGAAAGCGCAGAAACUCGACAGCGCGCGAACGCCUUUGUCGCACCCCCCCCAGUCGGGCGACCUCGAGGAAGGCGCGCCUUCGAGCGUACUUACACCCGCGCCCGCGGAUCUGCCACGCAACGUGGCGCGGCCUGCGGCCUGCCAGGCGCCGAAACUGAGUCACACAGUCAAGAGAGACGCGGUGAACAACGGCAGCCACGAGACUUCUCUGCCGCGGAGGAGACCGCACGGGGCCGGCGGCGUCGCUGACCUGUCGCCAAACGUCAAAGCUCGCGGCGCGGAGACUCCACGCCACGGUGAGUCGCCCACGCCGAGGCCGCACGAGUCAGCAGUGGCGGACAGACAGGAGGCUGCGAGCCGCAUGCGAAAGCGGAGGCACAUCGAUGGCGCAGCAGCCCGGGAGAGACGAGCCUCGCCGCCAAAGAAGCCUUGCCUUGCCUCGUCUCCCGUGCGGCACAAGCCCGCGCCGCCCAACGCGCUGGCUGCGCUCGCGCCCUCCUGCAAAGCUCUGCAAAAUGCGCCUCGGGUGAAGAGCAAAGGAACGGCUCCAUGA